CGCGAUUUCCCGUUUGUUUUUUGGGGCCUAUUCUUUUCCACUCACUUUGAAUCGUUUCCUCCUUUUCUCUUUGUACAUUUUCUACAUUUCCUCCAUCCCUCGAAAGAGCCGAUUAAUACUUGUUUCUUUUGAUUGUAUAUAAAAAAAAAAAUAACAAGGAAAUAACGUCAUAAGCUUUUUUAUUUUUCUUUUUCAGGUUUUUCGUGUAUCAUAUAAUCUUCUAGUUCGCAAACAAGUGAUGGUUCAGAAUAUGGCUUCUCCAAUUGCUCAUGAUAAUCACAAAUCAGUUUAUAUCAAUGGCCAUCACCCGCCUUAUGACGGUGUCCACACCCCUCGCGCUUCUCCUCCUCAUCCGCCGAUGCCUAUACCCAUGCCCAUGCCAAUGAUGGGCCAAGUGCCUCAUCACCAACAAGCCUUCUUUACAGGUCACCCACCCCCACCACCACAUUUUCAGACAGUGUAUAACACAGAACAAGGCCCCCAAGCCUACUGUGACUACACAUAUCACAUUGGAUUUAUGCAGGGCUACUUUUCGGAUAUAAAUGUCGUCAUUCCAGGCUUGUCCAAACCGUAUGCAUUGCAUUCAUUGAACUUAUCGCGCUCACCCGUCUUGCGUCGUCGCCUCGCUCAGCUUGAUCCUCAUCAGCCCAGACUUCUCGAGCUCGAUCUUCCCGUUUCGGCAGAGACCCUACACACGGUGAUUGGAUAUCUUUACAAACCGCUCACUCAGCACGAAGUAUUUUAUCUGGUCAGCGAAAAACCGCGUUUGUGCGUAGAAUUGUUGGAAGCGACGGAGGAAUUGGAGUUGGAUGGUUUACUUGACAUGCUCCUGCAUGCACUUGGUCAAAGCUUAAAUCAAUCGUCCAUUCACUAUUGGAUCACCCAGAUGCAUCCUUUCCGUGAUAAACAACGUCGAUGGGUAGAGGCUAUGGAACAGCGCAUUAUCCACUUUCUUACGGUCGGAUUGUCGGUUCAGUUGGAUGCUACGCCUUCCACCAUUCGAAUGACGGGCAAUAUCAAUAUUGGACAUCACUCGGCCGAUGGUUAUAUGCCUUCCAAGAGACCACUGGCUCGGGCCUUGAUGGACCUCGCAGAUAUCUAUGCUGCUUUGCCUGUCACCUACCUGAAACGAUGUCUGGAACAUGAGGAACUACCUGUGCAGGAUACCAUUCACCGCUAUUGUUUCGCAAAGGAAGUAUUGGCUCAACGGGCUCAGAAAUACGGGAAAUCCGGUGUAUCGGUCAUCCUACGCUUCGAGCACGGUCAAUCCAAGAUCCUGGUCGUUAGAAAAGCCGUCUUGGCCCCUGGUCGAUGGGAUCCUUCCAAGUAUGAUAAUGAUGAGGACGAUUGAAUAGGAUGGAAGAAGAAAAAGCGCCAACUCGGCAUUUGAUCUCCCUUGCUCAAUAUUGACAUGAUCUGGUGGCGAUGUCCUACGUGAUAUCCUCUUUUUUUUCCCUCCCAUUUAAUGAUCUAUCUGGUGGCAUUUGUUAUUUAUCAUGAUUUCUCACCUUGUGUUUCCCCUUUUUAUCACGUAUGAUAUAGUAGUUUGUUGUUCGUUCAAUUUUUACUUCAUGCUCUGCAUUUCCUAUUAUUCAUGUCCCAAAAAAGCCAAGCGACAUAAAAAUCAUUAUGUUAACCUUCCUUUCUUAUACA